AGUGGUAGGGGGCGUUGUACAGUAGUCUGAUUAGCGUGUUUACAAUAGUCUUGACGCAUUAGUCCAGUCGACUCUAGCUCCAGACCUCAGGCGAACGUCCAAGGUACAGUCUAGCUGUCUGUCUUGACUAUAAGGAGAACUUUGUUGGCUGUAGCAGUCUGUUUCAGUCCUAAGACUGCUUGUGUGAGUGUGAACAAACCCCUGGCCUGCGCUGGGCUUGUCUACAAUGGUGAAAGUAUUUGUGGGAAACAUCAGCACCUCCACCACCGAAGAGGAGCUGCGAGAGUACUUUGAGAAGUAUGGCGCCGUCAUCGACUGCGACAUCAUUUCCAACUACGGCUUCGUGCACAUGAGCGAGGAGGAGGACGCCAAGAAGGCAGUGGCCGAGCUAAACAAGAAAAAGCUGCACGGCUUCAGCAUGACGGUGCAGUUUGCCACCACUAGGGUGCGCAACGCCACUAAGAUCCACGUGGGCAACAUCCCCGAGGGCGUGACGGCGCUGAAGAUCCGCGAGCUCUUCCAGGAGCAUGGGAAGGUGCUGGAGUGCGACGUACUGAAGAAGUACGCGUUUGUUCACAUGCAGCGCCACAAGGAGGCGAUGGACGCCAUCCACAAGCUCAACCACUCCAAGCUGGAGGGACAGACCAUUUUUGUCUCCCUCUCGCACACCAACCCGGGCAAGAAGGCCCCCGACCAGUUCCCGGAUCACCCCUAUCCGCCCCGGCUGUUCCCCCCACCGGGCGACCCCCUGCACUCUGCCUACCCGCCCCUGCGAAAUCGCCCCCUAAACCACCCCCUCCCGCCCCCGCCCUGUCGCCUCCGGCCCCUUCCUCUCCCCCCACCUCACCCCAUGCGCCUGAGACCGCCCCGCUCCGUCUAUGAGCACGACCCAUACGACCUGCCUGGCCCUCCCCCACCCCCACCCCCGCCCCUCUAUGACCGCAACAGGCUGGACAGGCCCAUGCGCCGUCACGCCAUGAGCCCUUAUGAGUCCCCCUUCGAGCGUCGCCUCCUGCCCCCAGCCUCGCACCUUUACCGGGACCGCAGCCCGCUCCGGCCUGUGCCGGGCCCACCCAUGCCGUCCGCACGCCACCCGCUCAGCCGCCACCCAGGCCGACCUCUGCCGCCGGUCCCCUCCUUGGCCUCCAUAGCCAGAUCGGGCCCGCCGUAUCAGCGCUUCGCCGGCGCCUCUCGCUUCGAUCAGGAUGAAUACUAUUAUUAACAGCAGUAGAGCUAGGCACAGCUUCAUCUGUCUGUCAUUAGUGCUCAUGAAAACUGAAUUGAUGUUUGUCUGCUUGUGUUUACGAACAAUAACACAUGGUAGAUGCACCAGUCAGUCCCUGGUGCAGUGAAACGAAGUGUUCUUUUGAAUUUGUACGUAAUAUUACACACAAAAGAAAACGGGAAGCGACAAAAUUUAUCAAUUAAAUCAGUUCACUUUCCAUCUCCGCUUUAUACGGGUAAGAGAACUGUUAAUUACAGUAUGUAACGCAAAGCCUUGUCUGCUAUCAGUAGGCACCCGCCAGCUUCAGUUUGUGUUUGUUUUUGUCAAUCUUGCACCUGAAUCCUUGACCGCUACGUCUUGGGGCUAAAAAAAGUUAAAUUAUAUUCAAUAUAUAUAUUUAUCUUUGUCUGUUAACUUUUAAAGAGACAAAACAUUUUUUUUUUUUUUGCUGUUUUCCGCCAGUGUUUCUCUUUGAGUGCCCCAAAUAAAACUGAAAGCCACCUAAGCCACUCCGUGCUCCUUUCCUCCUGUUUUCACUUCCUGCGUGCAGUAAUCCACACGCCAUGCCAGACAGACCACAGCCUCAUCUGUACACUCCUGUACUAAAGUAUUGCCUUGAAUCCAGAUGACAGCACUACUGUUCACAUCCACAAGUCUGCCAUGGCCAUUUGUAUUUGCAUGAAAUGGAGGUCAGUACUAAUUUACAGAAACCAAUUGUCAUUUUCAGAAAUUGCACGUAAUGUAGGGUAAACAAAACAGAUUAACACACAUUUUACAAAACAGUAGAAAAUACAGUUUCUCAGGUAAAAUACAUACAUGUUUCUUUAUUUAUUUAGAUCCAUUGUUUUAUGCGUGAAAGUGAUACCACAAUUGAGCAUUAUUUGCAGCCAAUUUCCAACUCCCUGCUAUGGAACCAUUUUGAAAAUAUUUUUUGGUUAUAAUUUUGUGUAAAUGCUCAGUAAGUCAUGAGAAAUGCGGAAGCUUGCGGAA